AAGAAGAGGUAUCUUAAUGAAAAAAUGUUGAUAAGCUUAUAAAAAUGGAUUUAAAAUUAUUUGUGUUAGUGAUAAGUGUCUAUACCUGUAAUGGUAUUGAUCUUAAGGGUUUGGAUGAUUCCAUCCUAUACAAUAUUGAGUUUCCUGGAGCCAUAGCUGAUGCUGAAAAGUUCGAAGGAGACAGGCUAGUUGUGCAGAGUUCUCACAAUGAAAUGUAUGAAUGUGUGCUACCAUAUGUCAAAGAUAAGGAGGAUACUGGGAAUGAGCAGUAUAAAGGCCCAAAUGCAUAUCAACUGCUUUCUGAUUUAUUUUUACCAUAUUGGCCGUGUGUGUACAGGCUAGACACAUAUUGGACAUAUGAAUUUUGCCAUGGCAGACAUAUUCGACAAUACCAUGAGGAUAGAGAAGGAAAGACUGUGAAGGUGCAAGAGUACACUUUAGGUAAGAUUGAUGAAGCAGCAUUAGAAAGAUAUGCAGAGGAGGCUGAGAAACAGAAUACAAUUUCUCCACCCACAAAAAAAAUUGAUGGCAAUAAUUUACGGUAUUUUGAGAUAGUCAUGGACAAUGGAACAUUAUGCGAUUUGAACGAAAACAAGCCACGUCAAACUACUGUGUUGUAUGCUUGUUAUCCCUAUGGCAAAAAUGAUAUAUACUCAUUAAAAGAAACAUCAACUUGCCAAUAUGAGAUUAUUAUUCUUACUCCAUUGCUUUGUUCUCAUCGCAAAUAUAAACCAACUAAAACUAGUCAGAAUUUUGUGAAUUGCUUGCCUUUCAAUAACGCUCCUAAGAAGCCAUACAACUUGGCGAAAAUGCAGCAUGAAGGUAAAAAGUUAAAGAAUGGUGCCAAUGUUGAUAUAAGAAUUGAGUUUAUGCCAGUUAUUUCCAAUGAGAAAGAGGAAGAAAGCAAAGUAUUUGAAACCAGUAGUCCUGCAGAAAUGUCACCUGUAAAAAGCUUCUUGAGGGGUGAUACCUGCUUAAAUGGUGGCUCAGGAUGGUGGAGAUACGAAUUUUGCUAUGGAAAAUCUGUCACACAGUACCACACCCAGGAGGAUGGUAACAAGAUCUCAAUAAAUUUGGGCAUUUUCAACAAGGAGAAUCACAUUGAAUGGCUUCAGAAAAAUCCACAUAAAAGACCAAAAGCUUUGUCAGCACGGAAUCAACUCUCGCAUUUCUAUUCGGAGGGAAGUGUUUGUGAUAAAACGGGGAAGGCGCGACAGACUGAAGUCAAAUUAAAAUGCUUAGAAAACGCCAGUAUUCACACAGUCUCCCUAUAUCUUCUUGAACCAAAGUAUUGCGAGUACAUCCUGGGAGUCGAGUCACCACUUAUUUGCGACAUAUUAAAGCAAGUUGAUGUAGAUGGAUUAGUAAAAGAGGAACCGGAGAAUAACGCAAAAACCGUUAUUAAAGUAUAAACAAUAUGUAUUUGUCUUAAUAAACAAUAAAUUAGUA